AUGAGCACCAGUUUACUAGGGAGUCUCGAGAGGAGCUACCUCAGGUCCAGUGGUGAGUAUCUCAUCAUUAGUGAGGAUUGCACUGAGUUGGCUGCUGUUGCUUCUGUGCCUACCACACUAGUUGAAGUUGAUGCUCAAAGAGCUGAACCUAAUGAAGCUAAGGUUGUCGAUGAUGCCAUCACUACCCAUGAAUCUGAAGCUAAGGUUGUUGAUGAUACAGUCAGAACUGAUGCUGAAGCUCAUGACGAAGACCUUCCUAUCACCCCUGCAGCUGAUGUUGGUAAUGAGGAAGAUGAAGAUGAAGAAGAUGACGAUGAAGAUGACGAUGACUCUCCAUCCCUUCCUGACGCUGGAAAAGAUAUUAGUGGUGAUGAUGAUAAAGAUGACGAUGACUUCAUAAUUCAGUACCACAAGCCUGUCAGUGCUCUGAAAUGA